AUGGGUGCCUACCGUUAUAUGCAGGAGCUGUGGCGUAAGAAACAAUCUGAAACAAUGCGGUAUUUAUUACGAAUACGUUGUUGGCAGUAUCGACAACUUUCUGCCGUUCAUCGUGUAUCAAGGCCAACACGCCCAGAAAAAGCGCGCAGAUUAGGCUAUCGUGCUAAGCAAGGCUACAUAAUCUAUCGCGUAAGAGUACGUAGAGGUGGUCGUAAACGUCAUGUUGUAAAGGGACAGACGUAUGGGAAACCCAAAAACCAUGGUGUUAAUGAGUUGAAGUUCGCUCGAUGCAAACAGUCUGUCGCAGAGGAAAGAGUUGGACGUCGGUGUGGCAGCCUUCGCGUGCUGAAUUCUUACUGGGUUGGUCAAGACUCAACUUACAAGUUCUACGAAGUUAUUAUGGUUGAUCCUGCUCAUAAGGUGAUUCGAGGAAAUCCAGAUACUCAAUGGAUAACUAAACCUGUUCAUAAGCAUCGUGAAUUGCGGGGGUUGACAUCUGCUGGCCGCAGAAGUCGCGGUCUCGGGAAAGGGCAUCACUAUUCAGCUACGAAAGGUGGAUCACGUCGGAAGUGCUGGUUGCGUCGCAAUACUCUAUCACUACGUCGUAAACGUUAA